ACCCACCUCUACGCCGACCUUUCAGCCCAACAGAUAACAUAAUAAUCAUAGUUCAAGACACAGAUUAUAAGCCUAUUGUUAUCAGCUACGCUACAGAUCAACUUCGUAAUAAUGAGUCUGCUAUGGCAGGAACGGGCUCAGGACGGCUCAGAUCUCGAACGUCAAGGACCUAGGGUUGUAGAAGGACAAGCGCGAAGUAGCUUGAGGUCAUUCACCUUACGCAACUUGCUCCCCGGACGAAUGGGUUGGGUUAAUCGAGAUCGGGCUCCCAGUGAAAAUGAAUCCGAAAAUGAUGAUGGCCCCAAAUCCCCUAACCUUGAAAGAACCGGAGCACAAGAGAUACCGAAUCAACUGCCACCUGCCGCCAGGACUCAAGAAACUGGAAUCCCAUCAAGAACCCGAAUCCGAUUGCAACGUUUUCCGGUUCUAACUCGGCCACAAAUAGCACGGGCGGCCAAUGGAGAGGAAUCCGAGCGUCAUGUACGUCGCUCGAGGUUCGGCGGAUCAAAUCCAGCAGAAUUACACUUAGUCGAAUUCGCCGAAGAUGAGAGAAGGCGGCGACGCGCACAAGAGAGACUUCGUCGCAAAGAGCCACCGAAAAGAUUCCUGUUCUGCUUCCCGUGGGUCAGGUCUCGGCAAGCCCGAGCACUCAUCCUGCGUUGUUUUGUGUCGGGCGUAUUCCUGAUAUCAAUGCUUACGACAUAUCUCGCCCUUGCUAUCACGAAGAAUAUCAACUCCAGCGCCUUCAGCAUAUUGCUUAUUCUUCUCAUUAUCUUGACGGCCAUUAUCUUUUGUCACGGGCUCAUUCUGUUGUGUUUAACACUCGUAAAACCAAAAAGCCGACCAGGUCCGCCAGGAGUAGAUAUUGAAAGUAACCGAUAUGGACAACCAGGAUACGCAAUUCCUAGACAGCCAAUCCGUGUUGUACUUGCACGAGAUGAGGAGGCGGCUGGGAUUGAGAGUGAGACGGCAAAGUUGAAGCCUCCGGCAUACGGAUUGUGGCGCGAGAGUGUGCGCGUAGAUCCUAACCGAAUUUAUUGGCAACGUGCCAAAUCACCACUGCCCAACGGCGAUGAUGGGGACGAGGGCGGCGGUCGCACGACUCAACGUCGACCACCCUCUUAUGCCUCAGAUGAUGGCAUCGACUACGUUGUUGAUGCUCGUCCGAGAUCUAUAGCGCCACCCCCUUCCUCUGUUUAUUCUCGAGCCUCUACGAUUGAUUCCCCCUUCACAUCGAAUGAGGUGCCGCCACUACCCCGCCCAGCCGCGACGGAGAUGUCCGGGCCACGGGUAGUUGGGCGACCAGGAAACUGGUUGAUUGUUUAGGUUCAUUCUGGGCCUAGGCUGUACGACCUCUAGAUAGGGUGUUACGGUUGUGUGGACAUUCAGACAUUCUCGGAGCUUGUGUUUUCUCAAAAGGUC